CUUAAAAUCUGUCAUCAAGCAAUAAUACUGAUAUCUAAAAGCAGCCUGCCCUGUCUGUCAGGAAGGCGGACGUGUCUUUCGGUGGUGCUGGAGAUAAUGGGGUAAAUUGCUGUGCCUUAACUGUACGGUGUUGUGGGAUGAGAGUUUGCUCCCAGGCAAUUACUGCAAGACUACUGGCGUGUGACAGUGCCGGCUGGUGAGGAUUUAGCCCUGUUUCAAAGCUCCUAAAAGUGAAACGGUGUAAAACAGCCCGCUUGCGGGGUGUGAAUUGGUUUCAUUCAGUUUACGGGGAGUUUUUCAGCCUGGCUUCCAAAGGAAAUGAAUCAUGCCGCCUUUCUGUCCCUGCCCCUAUAAAUCUCGAGCCUCUUGGCCCCCGUGAGGAGAAGAUGAGACAUUCUCUCACAGGUUUCAUAUAUAAAUAGGUGCCCAGCGCAGGAAGGAUGCUAUUUGAGUUCCCCGUAGCAGAAAGGGUGCAGCGCAAGUUUGUGAAGACUUGAGAAAAUUCAGACAGGAGAAACAGCUGUUAGGACUUGAUGAGCGCCGGGAAGGCUGUGCUGGAAGCUCGCACCAUGUUGUGUGCCGAAGAGGGAAGUUGUAGGAGCAAGGCUGCUGGUGGCUGCUCGUGGAGCUGCUCGUUUGUGUUUUGCUUACAGCUCUUCAUGCUCCCAGCAUCACACCAGCGAGCCGUGGCAGCUCUUUCGUAACCAAACCGAGAGGCGUUUAGGAAUGCAAACCUGAAGCAGUCCUGCGGGAGGCCGGCGAGGCUGCAGGAGCUGGGGGAGCAGCCAGGCUCCAUUUUGGAUGCCUGACUGUUGCUAUUCUGAGUUGCUCUACCCCGCUCGGUGCUGCUCAACUUCCUGCUGUUUGCUAGCUGCUCAGACGGUCGCUCCUCGGCUUUUUUUAACCCAGCUGCUCUUGUGGCAUGCCUCGCUUCUGGCCGGAGAGCACCGAGUAACAAAGCCACAUUUUAUUUUCGAGCAGGGAGUUGCAGAGUGUCUUUCUUCUCCAGAGGGUGCUGAAGGCAAGGAUGCAGCAAAAGUAACUAAACAAGAGCCCACGAGACGAUCAGCAAGAUUGUCAGCUAAACCUGCUCCACCAAAACCUGAACCCAAGCCAAGGAAAACCACUAAGGAACCUGGAACAAAGGCCAACAAAGGUGCUAAAGGGAAGAAGGAUGAAAAGCAAGAAGCUGCAAAGGAAGGUACUACACCAUCUGAAAAUGGUGAAAAUAAAGCUGAAGAGAUUCGCAUCUCUCGCUCAACUGUUAGUGUUUCAACAUCCAGAGGUGCCCCACCCAGCACACUGUCAGUAAAAGGGCAGAUUGAAACAGUGAAAGUUAAGGGCUCAGAAAACUGAAUCUGUAGGUGACAAGAAGGAAUGAAAUAUCAUGAAAAUUUUGGGUUGAUUUUAUGUACCUCUUGGACAACUUUUAAAAGAUAUUUUUAUCAAGUAUUUUGUAAAUGCUAAUUUUUUUAGGACUAUGAUAGUUGACAUAUUAAACUGUAUAUGAACAUUUCCCUUCUCAUAACAGUGCUUUUAGAAAUUCCCAUUGUUGCCAAGUAAUAUAAAUAUCAACUUAAUAUUGCAAGGUAUGUGUAAAAUUGGAUCAGCAUUCCAUACACUUGCUUUAAGAAAUUAAGUCUUGUGCAUAUGGUGAUGUUUUUACUGUGCGUAUUUGAAUUUUUCAUGCAGUUUUUCUAGAGCAAUAAUCAGUGGUGCUUUUGUACUUAGGGUUUAUGUGAUUUUAAUGAAACAUGGAUAGAUGUGGCCACCUGCUGACUAUUUUGGGUUCUUUUAAUGGAUUAAAAUAAAAGGUCUCCUUGCCUGCAAAACUACAGCCUCCUAAUGUUUUCUCUAAAUCUGAGGAAUGCCUUACUCGUAUUUUCAGCUGUUACAAGGAAGACAAAAUGAUAUAGCAAUGAUAGUUUUGCAUGCAGUCUGUUUGGAUUUUCUUUUUUGAUGGUGUCUGAUGAAAAAAAAAAAUACCCGCACAGGAGUAGCAGGUUGGGAUUUUCAGUGGCCCGCAACCUAAGCGACUUUAUAGGUACAUUCUUCAGAUACUCUGUCAUAGGGUGAGUAGAGCUGACAUACUCUAUCAGGAUAUCAUGUCUGUAAUGAAGUAUCAACAGAGAAUGAAUUGCUCGAUUGCUACAGACAUGCAGUAACUGCUAAAACCAGCUUUGUUUCUCCCUCUGCUCCCUUUUCAUUAACUAGAGAAGACUUGCAUCAUAUUCUCUGGCAACACUUCUUUCUACCUGCAGUCUCAAAUUUAAUAUAAACAAGUAAUUGCUGUUCUGCUUCAGCUGAGGACAGUUGUUAAUACAUUGAAAUCGCUGUUAAACAGCGCUAUAUAUUUGUUACCUGGUAGAAAUGGAACAAUGAAAGUUAUUUUUGAGGUGAUUGUGGUGAUGUGGUGGAGUAGCUAAUGAUUUUUUAGUAUCCAUGUUUCAACUCUGCAGCUCAUUAUAAGCGCCUUUUAUAAUUUUUCUCCUUCUCUUUUCUCUAGGGGCCCUGGUAUUUCUAUUGUUACUUCUGGGAUGGGAGGGGUGAGAGAAAAAGAUGUUCCCUGUUCUUCAGUAGUAUUGAUUUGUAUUGCUCAAGUGGUGGCCAUUAUGUCUGAGGAUACUUCUUGCUUGUUUAAGUCAAUAAAUGAAUGACUGUUGCUUGA